GCACGUCUUCAUUCUUCUUUCCAAGCUGAGACUCAAACAACAUUGGCUUAACAAAUAUACAAAAAUGUCCUCUCUUUUUUGCUGUUGUUGUAAAUCAUGUCCUCUUUCUUCUUAAACAAACUUAUAAUCUUAUAUAUGAUAUAAAUCCGUUUGGGGGGUUGUUUUGCCUGCCUUCCUUUCCUAGAGAGAGCCAAAAAAAAAAAAAAAACCGUACUCUUUUGUUCAGUGACUUGUGAGGGAAAAUCCAAUUCCAAACAAACAUCUCUCUUCUUGGCUCUGCAGAGCUUCUCAGCUGCAGUGUUUUCUUCUUUCUUUUUGGUUGCAUUACUAGUACUUUUUAGUCCAUGUUAGUGUCUUGUUUGUUGGGUCCCUUGCAUUUUCUUUUUUUCUACUCUUUUGGCUCUUGCACUCCGUAAUAUUGUCUGCCUUGUUCUGUGAAAACCCAGGGAAAAAAAAAAUUGUUCUUUAACUAACCAACAUUAAAUUUUGGGAAACUCUUCUUGAUUUCUUCCUGGUUUUCGUUGUCUUUGUUGUUCAGAAAAUCUCUGUGUCUGAAACUCGAAAAAGAAAAACAUUCCUGUGUUUGUACCAUUACUUUCGGGGAAGAGUCUUAGUGCAGUGUGUAAUUCUGACUUGGAAUUCGUUCAUAACGAAAACAUCUACAUAUAUAUGUGUGUGUGUGUGUGUGUAUGUAUAUGUAUAUAUAUAAACACACACACAUUAAGAAAAACAGACAUCUUUUAACAGUUUAUGUAAGCUUCCAAGAGACAGAGGCAGAUAUGGCAGCUUAGAAAGUGUAAAAAGAACAAAAAGAUACUGAAUCUGUGGAAUUGAAGAGAUCUAGCAUCUAAGUGAUGAACAUGUCUGCAAAACUCAUAUAUUCUUUAACAGAUGAGAACCCAGAUCUUCAGAAGCAGAUUGGAUGCAUGAAUGGAUUUUUUCGGCUCUUUGACCGUCACCGUUACCUUGCUAGCCAUACUCCCAAGAGACUGCCUCAGUCAGGUAAAAAUGGAGACCAAGCAAUAGAGGCCAACAAUAGAUUGAAGAAAGCUACAGAAAAGAAUUCAAAGAAGGUUGUUCAGGAAAAACGAAGAACCUCCAUGGAAUUAUCAAGACAUUCAUUUUCUUCUUCUUCUUCUUGUUCGUCUAGCUUCUCAUCCCUUGACUACAACAGAACAGCUCACCUAGAACCAUCCCCAUCCAGCCAAACCAUUUCUUCAGAAACACUGUCCCGUGACCUGCCUAUAAACCACCCAAAUGGUCCAACGCAGUUUAGCCGAAAAUCUGUUGAUCUCCGAGAUGUGGUCAAAGACUCAAUGCACAGAGAAGCCCGUGGGUUAUCGGUGAAGACUGCAGCUAAAGAACAAGCAGUUGUCCGUACUUUGAAAUACAUAGACUCCCCAAGACCUUCGGAACCGCCCAAUUCUGCCAAGCCAAGGAUCUCUGGCGUCAAUGACUCGUUUCGUGUUUUUUCCAAGUUUCGUGAAGGCCAUUUGAAUUCAAACGAAGACAAGAAUUGUCGUACUCGUUGGGCACCAAAGGAUCCACGAAGGCUUUCUUACGAUGGAAGGGAGUCACAAGAUAUACUCAAAUCCACCAUAAAGUUGAAAGAACUCCCGAGGCUGUCACUUGACAGCAGACAAGGCUGCAUAAGGGGUUCUGCAUAUGAAGUAAAAUCAAGUUAUCUCUUAAAUGAUAUGCAAAUGCAGCCAGAGCCAGGUAGCUCCAAACGAGCAUCUAGUGUUGUGGCAAAGUUGAUGGGGUUGGUAGACCCGACGCCAAUCGCUGAUGACUCUACAAAGCUACAUAAUAGCUUAGAAGCUGAGAAACAAGAUCCCUUAUCAAGAUCAUCGAGAACAACCAAGGUAAAUAAGCAGCUGGAUCAUUUUUCUGGAUCCCCAAGAAAUUCUCGGAUGGAACUCGCCUCGCCACAGAUGAAAAAUGCUGAUUUGGUGAUAAAGACCACUCCAAACCAGAAAUUUCCUAUAGAAACAGCUCCAUGGAAGCAACCACAUGGGCACAAAGCGCCUCAAUCACCAUCUUUCAAGAGCCAUGAAACUCCAGCAAAAACACCAACCAAGGCGCUGACAGUUUAUGGAGAAAUUGAAAAAAGAUUGGCAGAUCUUGAGUUCAAAAAAUCUGGGAAGGAUCUCAGAGCUCUUAAACAGAUACUUGAAGCAAUGCAGAAAACUGAAGAAGAUUUAGAGAAUAAGAAAGAUCAGAAAUUUGCAUAUCAAUCAGAUGGCAACAGCAGCCUCGAUCACGGCUCGAAUUUGGGACACCAGAGAAACCUACACAGUAAUAUAUCCGAUCCUCCCACCUCCAAUGGGGUUAAAACUCCAAAAGGGUAUAAAUCCCCAAUUGUAAUCAUGAAGCCGGCUAAACUUAUAGGGAAAAACACUGAUUCUGCCUCCACCAUGAACAAAAUCGACAACUUGUUGGACCUGCACAAGAAUCAUAGUAGUGCUGCAGAUAACAGAAAGGUAUCCUUAGAGAAAAGAAUGACCAAACAUUUAACUCCAAGGAACACACAAGUUACAAAUUCCUUCCAUCGACGACCUUCCUCUGAAGAAGGAAAUUCCAACAUCAGGACUGCAAGAUUUACACAACCCUCAAAGAUGCCUCAAAGUGAUAGUGAUGAAAAGAGCGGAAACUCGGGUAGAAACUCCAGAACAAUAAGCCCUAGACUGCAACAGAGGAGGUCUGGAUUGGAGAAACAGUCUACUCCAACCAGUCCAUCAGAUUCAAGCAGGAGUAGAAGGCAUGGCAGCAGGCAACAAAGCGAAUCCAGCAGCCCAGGAAGAAAAUGCAGGCCAAGAUCUUCCAACAUGCAGCAGAUUACUGACCAUUUAAGUGAUACCCGGACCAGGUUCAGAGAUUUAUGCCACCAAGGCAAUUCCAUUUCUCUUCAAUCUGAGAGCAAUAUCAGCUCAGCCUCAGAUAUAGAAAAUGAAGUCUCAAGCAGUAUUAAACCUGAUCAGAUGAACAGCCUCAACACUGACCAGAAUAGGCAAAAACAGAAAAACCCGACUGCUGGGUUCUGUGUGAACAGGAAAAUGGCAGAACCUGGGAGAGCUACCCCAGAACAACCAAGCCCUGUCUCCGUUCUUGAUGCUACAUUUUACAGAGAUGACUCGCUAUCUCCAGUGAAGAAGACAUCAAAUGCCUUUAAAGAUGAUGAGACUCCAUACCCUGACGAAGUGGAGUGGGCGCUGAUGGAUCUUGAUCAGCCAUCCAAUGGCAGAAAAUCUAAUCCCAGUACUGAGGUUGAUCAGAAAGUACUAGAGAACCUCAAGCACUGGCUUCAAAAUCCGCAAGAGUUGAACUGCGCUGAUGUGGAGCAAAUCAUUGCUAACAAUGAAAUCCUCUGCGAUAGCAAAAAUCCAGAUCAUAAAUACAUUUCAGACAUAUUGUUAGCAUCAAAUAUCCUCAGAAAACUCGAGUCCGGCUGGAUGAACAUUCAAUGCCACAAAUCAGACCACCUGAUCAAUCCCAAAUUGUUCUUUGCCCUGGAACAAUCCAAGGCAAGCACACAGUUUCUAUAUGAUGAACAUGGAAGUGAAAAGAAUUCUGAUACAAAAAUGCACAGAAAACUAUUGUUUGAUGUUGUCGAUGAAAUUCUAGUUCGCAAAUUAGUGGUGACAGAUUCAUUUACGCAAUGGGUCUCACCAGACAAGCAGGCAGGGAAAGAAGGGCAGCAACUUCUUAAAGAAUUGUGCUCAGAGGUUGACAGGCUUCAAGGUAAGAACUCAAGCAGCAGCCUCGAUGAGGAGGAUAGCUUGAAAAGCAUCAUAUGUGAAGAUAUGAUGCAUUGGCCAAUGAAUUGGACAGAGUAUGACAGAGAAAUCCCAGCAGUGGUGUUGGAUGUGGAGAGGUUGAUCUUUAAGGACUUGAUAACUGAAGUUGUGAGUAGCGAGGCGGCCAUUCUGCAAGGCCGUCCUGGUGGGCACUGCAGGCAACUGUUUCCCAUGUAGGCUUUUGGUCUUGAAGAAAUGUAGUUCUUUUCCAUUUUUGCCAUUCUUGUCUUUAUUAUUAUCUAAGUUCACAUCCAUGAAGUCGUAAUAAUUUCUUACCAAAAACUUCUAGCUCUUUGCUAGGCGCUAGCAUGUAAAUCUCUACCAUAGUCUAAUGAUAGGUGUACUAUACAUAUUCAAUGCAUGUAAAUCUCUGCCAGAGAGAUAUAAAAGACAUGUAAAGUACAACCAAUCUGUAUAUACACUUAACCUUGACUUCAUAACUUCUCUUACCAGCAAUACUGAUGCAGCAGAAAAGAUAAGCAGAAUUUUACCGGCCUAACCCGAUGGAAGAUGGGACUCAAAGUCCAAAUCUACCUACAGGCUUCCCACAAGGAA